AUGAAAAUAGUGAAAUCCCGUCUUUGGGAACCCCUCCAAAAGGAGCCUGUACGAAGUGACCCUGUUCGGCUCGGUCCGACUCUCGCGUCUGCCGCAAGUUUUGCGGUCAGAGAUGCAGAUGAUGAAUUCGUGGGUAUCUCUAUGUCUCAUGUUGAUAUGUAUCGGCCUAAUAUCAUUACCUGGGUGGUCUGGAAGAUCCUGCAUAAUUCUAGCAGUGAAGUUUCUCAUAGUUCUGCUACGUGUGGAUUCAUUGUUUACUCUCAUGGUCGAACACCGUACCCAAUAAUUCAGGGUCCCUCUCAUUUACAUGUUGAACGAAUGUCAUCAGUCCACGUGUUUCCAUAUCGAGGUUGUUGGCGUGCGUUUAUGCGUUGUCUCUGCGACCUGUUUAGAAACCCAUUGACCAGCCCUGUUCGCUCUUCGUUGCUAUUUAAUGUGCACGAACGCUCAAUGAUAUUGCUUUAUCUAUUCCCCAUAUGGCAUUCUACUGAAGACAUUGCGCUGCAGGCUUUUAUCAAUGGCAAUCGCAAGGGCAACACUGGUUUUCUGGCCAUCUUCUUCAAGGCUAAAAAAUUCGGCUCUUCUGGCUCAUAUCCGCUGAAAUGUUCCUUCCAGUGGUACUGCGCUUGGCAACCUGGAUCGGAUAUUGUUCGAUUUGCGAGGUCGAAAUAA